UGUGCCGGUGAGGGUAAAAAUCAUUGGGAUUUGAAAAUUGCAGGCCUUUUAUACCGAGAGAAAGAUAGAGAGAGGUAAGCAGAAGCAGCAUGUGCAUAAUCACUAUUUUCUUCCUUUUUCUCACAGCAACAACAAGAGCUGAUGGGUCUUCCAAAUGCAAAGCUUGGUUGGUUCAGUCUAUUCCCACUGAUAUGCCCAAACUUGCUCCUGUUGCCGGAGUACUUUCCACCGCGGAUGUUCUUCAGUGGCUGGCUGGAAACUCUUCAAAGAGUUUGGACAUAAUUGCACAAUAUUGGCAAUUAGUACCACGUCCCACUGAUCCUCGUUCAGGGGAUUAUGGAUAUUCAAAAGAGGAGUUACAGAGAUUUGGUGCUAACGAAGGGUUGAAAGUCUACAAAGCAUUAGAAAAUGCUGCAAAUCGCAAACUUCCAAUUAGACUUUUACAGCAUUCUGGAGUUUCUCCCGAUUACACGGAAGAACCAUCCAACUUAGCUUCAGGGAGGCCAAAUGUAAAGAAUGUUACAUUGCUUCUUAGCGACUGGUGGGGAUCAGGUGUAGUUCAUGCUAAAGUUUGGAUCUCAGACAGUAGAGAUGUUUAUAUUGGGUCUGCAAACAAUGACUGGAAAUCUCUUACUCAGGUGAAAGAAGUGGGAAUAUAUCUCACUGGUUGCUCAGAAAUAGCAGAAAAGGUUGAAAUCUACUAUAACAAUCUUUGGAAACUUUCCCACCUUAAUGUUUCAGCUUACACAAGAUCAGUUUGGGAUCAGCAAUGGCAGAUUAAUCGCAAGGUUCCAUGUUGGUCCCAUUUUACAAAUCCUAAAGAAAGGUGCAGAUCACCACUUCCCAAAUACGUGGAAAUUGCUCAUGUCUCUGGCUACCCUGUAUUGUCAGACCCAAACAUGUCACACAUUUCCAUAGAAACACCUGGAGUCAAUGAUUCAUCUUCCGAUCCUCAACCCAACUAUCUUUCAUUUGCUCCUCCAGAGCUCUUGUUUGGUCAGUACCAAACAGAUGAACAGGCUUGGGUGGACACCAUUAAAUCAGUAGGAAAAGGAGGAACAGUCAGAAUUAACACCAUGGAUUGGCUUGGUCAGUCAGGAUACACAAAAGAAACAGUUUAUUGGCCAUCACUUUCUUCAGCUAUUUCAGAGGUUGUCUUCUCCAAGGGCGCAAAGGUUCAAAUACUGGUCGCAAAGUGGGCUCAUUUUAUAAACAAUACAGAUCAGUAUCUGAAGUCCCUGCUUUACUCCAACACCCUAUGCUCUUCUUCAAAGUACAACCACUGUUCUGGUAAAGUUGAGAUCAAGUAUUACAUUGUUCCAGGAUACAAUUCAACUGGACCUGCAGCACUUAAUGGUGCUGCCACUGGGAAUAUGUAUCCUGGCUAUACGCGGGUUAAUCAUGGUAAAUAUGCAGUUAGUGAUGUGCGUGCACACAUAAGCACCAGCAACCUGGUGUGGGACUACUUUUAUACCACAGCAGGUGUUAGCUUUGGGACAUACCAACCAGCCAUUGUUUCACAACUUCAAGAAAUCUUCAAUGCUGACUGGACUUCGCCAUAUGCAGUGCCAGUCGAACCUUUGGAUGAAGGUCAUGCUUGUUCAAGCCGAUGAAAAAGGAAAAAACAAGAUUGCCCCACUGUUCUUCUCAGAACCCAAAAGACAUAAGAGAAUGAUUAAAGGUCUUAAAGCUUUUACUUCUCUUUU